ACAAGAUGGAGUUGUGGGGGACGUUCCGUCGCGGCAACAAGGCCGCCGCGUCCGACUCCGACAGCUACGUGAAGAAAUUCUUCGAGAGCACACCUGUGGAAGAUGCAUGGAAGCUCGAUGCACAGACGGAAGCAUUAAAUCAGUUUGUCAACGACAGCAUUGCUGCCGGCCGCCGCGUCGCCCUCGUGACAUCGGGGUCAGCGACGGUUCCCCUCAACAGCGACAGCGUGAUGGACGCCGUGUCCUUUGGGGAUCGCGGGGCAGCCACCGCGGAACAGUUCUUGCGUGCGGGGUAUGCCGUCAUCUUCCUGUCUCGGCAAGGAUCGCUCGCGCCUUUCUCACGCCACUUUCAAGCGUACAUUCGAGACAACUCGUUCAUGUCGAUGCUCCACGUCCAGCCGGACAAGUCCCUUUUCGUGAAGAGUCGGGACACAGCCCAACGCGACCACAUCGCAUCCGUGCUCCAAGCGGCCAAGGAGACCAGGGAGAACGUGUUCCAUCUCUGCUUCAACACGGUGCAGCAAUACUUGUUCUACUUGCAGGCUGCCACGAAAGCUGUGGACGCCGCGGGCACGCGCGGGAUGAUCGUCUUGGCCGCGUCCGUGCUCGAGUAUUACGUACCAUCGUCGUCGUCGUCGACGGGGGUGCCUUCGUCCUCGACACCCGCUGACACUGCUGCCAAGGACAAAGAAUCGUCAUCGUCGCUGUCGUUGAAUUUGAUCCGGGUGCCCAACCUUAUCCGCAAGAUCCGUCAAGAGUACGCGCCCAAAUCGUUCCUUGUGACUCUGAAAUCUGCGGCGAACAAGAACCAGAUCUACAACGUCGCGUUCGAGGAGCUUGAAAAGUGGGGUGUCGACGCUGUCUUGGCCGACUCGCCAGCGCUCCCGGGGGAGAUGGCGCUCGUGUCCGAGUCCGAAAGCACCCGCGUGAGCCUCAAGGCGGACACGACCACCCACAUGGAGCUCGACACGCUGUGCGCGGCAUCCCUUGUCGAGAUGCACGGCGUGUUCACCGCGCGCCGGACGUUCCUCGCCCAAGGUCGACAGCUCCUGCUUCUCACGGCCAAGUUUUCCAUGAUGAAAGCCAACGACGCCGUCAACGAAGACGCCGACGGCCACAAGAACGUUCCAUUUGCGACCGGUGUCCGCAUCCGCGUCGACCGCGGCCAAGCGCACAACUCGCCGGUGUACGAACUGAGCGCCGUGUUUCAAAACCAAUCGCAUUGCGCCCGCGCCCAUCUAUGGACGCGCGUCGUCGCUCCUGACGCUGUCGCAGAGGACUCAGCGUCCACUCUGUUGACGGAGAAUCAGAUUGUGCUCGCGUUCAGUCCCGCGGGCACCGCCGACACGAUCAAGUCGAUGUGGGGCGACUUUUGGGGCGGGUUUGCCGACAAGGAGUUUGCAGACGUCAAGGAGCAGUGGGGCCACGUGACUAUGGGUAGCGCCAUCUACGGCCUCGCGAGCGGCGUCACGGCCACGCUGGGCGGCGACUUCUCGUCCGUGCAUGGCAUGAUCAAGUACCUCGGGUCGAAACUCGGCGCGGCAUGGACGGACGGCGAGCAGACGCGUAUCCGGCAGGCGCUGCAAAACAUGCUCAGUGUCAACUUCAAUCGCGGGUUGACUGAAAUGUCAGGGCUGCAUCCUCUCGACGCGAUCGAUACAAUGCCAGGAACGAACGGUCCAGAGCAACGCGUGUCCUCCACCCGACGACUGCAACACAGAGCCUCCAUGACCGUCUUGGACCCGACAGUGUUGGCACAGGCAUCGAUCACGUCGUCGCAGCCGUCGUCUGGAUUGUUUUCCCCUUCCCCCGACGCCGCCACUAUCGACAGCACCACCGUCAAAGUGCACAAAGCCAUCUUGUCGUAUUUUCAAGACAUGGUCGCGGAUGGGUUGAUUGAGGCGGUGCUGCCCCACAUCGUCCGUGGCAGCCGCGUCCACGUGACUGGCUACAGCAUGGGCGGGAUGCUCGGGCAGCUGUUCCUGCUGCAGCUGGGCGACGCGUUGGCCCAUCGGUACCCGCAGUCCCAGCACCACCUUCGCCUCGUCAACGGUGUGUUCUUUGGCACUCCGCGCGUGGGCGACGCUGGCUUUGCCGCGCGACUGCGGCGCCUCUACGACACGAGCCAAGUGAUCAACAUCAUGCAUCCACUUGACACAGUGCACGCGUACCCCCCGACCACGGAAGGGUACGCGGACGCGAUGCUCAAGAUCUUCCUCAAAGAGGACGGACUCGGCGUCGGCCGGCGGUCCGCCCAUGCCUUCUCAAUCCUCCCCAUCACGCGGUCCCUCGACCGGAUGCUCGGCCAGGCGCGCCCCUUGUCCGCUGUUUCAACCCCCCCACCUCCUCUCGAUGCGACUUCGACUCCUUCCGCGUGCGCGUUGUGCGGUCGAGCGGAGCACUGCACAGAGCAGCACCGGUGUCACGUCUGCACCCGACGAGGGGACCACGUCGCCAAGUCGUGUCCGUACCGAUCGGAAGGCUGUUUGUUGUGCGGCGCCUCGGCGCAUGCGACAGGGGAGCAUCGAUGCAGCGUCUGCGCCCAAGUGGGUCAUCGGGGGCGCGACUGCCACCAACAAGGCAACGCCGGCGUCGCAGAAAUGCUCACGUACUUUCAGUUCCACGACUUUUUGUACUACAACCAAAACCUCAAACGGCACGUCGAGUUUUCCACAACUGCCACGUCAUCCUGAAGCAUCGAGAGAUGACGUCGACUUGUCAGGGUCACUUGGGGCGGUACAAAACACGAUCCAAUGAACCCUAGACCAUCUAUCUACGUACCUUGAUGCAUCUUGACCUGCCACCAACCCUCAGCUUAAGCUUAUAUAGGGUCACAAUGCAUGAAUUCGGACUACCUUCCAAGUAUGAUAUCAUACUAGUAGUACUGUACCCAACAUCAUCGGUACAGGUAUAUCGACUUCGUAACAACACUGUACUCAUCAACAACGUGGCAAAUA